ACCAGCCAAUUCGGAGAUUAUUGAGGCAGCUUUGGUCUACAAAUAAGCGAAUGCUGGUCGUGCGAUUUUCAGUUUCUCACCGAGCCCGAAAUAUGGCGGCUCUCGAGACGAAAGUACCCGUCUUGCUGAUUGGAAUUGUUUUACUCGCGCCGUUUGCCGCGCUCGUGAGCGCCCAGUCCUCCAGGGAGAAAAUCCAGAUCGGACUGCUCCAUCUGAAUCCCGACAACGCAGGAACCAAUGAUGAACAAUCUCUUCAAGCCAGAGGUCUGUUCGAUAGUUUCGGGAGCCUUUUCAACACGGCCGUAUGGAACAUCCCGACCGGCUCCGACAGCGCCAAACGCGAGGUAGCCGAGGAAGAAGAUAGAUGGGAAGAGGAACACGAACACGACGAUGAUGACGACUAUGAUCAACACGUCGCGAAAGUAACCAAAGGAAAAGGCACAUCCAACAGCUUCAACAACUUCGGAACCGGGAAACAGAACUUCCACGGCGCGACUUUCAGCAUCGGCGGUCACGACGGCGAUGAUGGACAGGACUUCAGCGGAGCCGCCAUCGGCUCGAUCGGCUCCAUCAACGUCGGCAACAACGUCAACAACGGCGGCAUCAGCAUAAGUGACAUCGGUUCGGCUAAUUCCAUCAACGUCGGUGGCAAUCGCAACGUCAACGGUAUCCAGACCAACGGAGGUAUCAGCAUCGGUAACAUCGGCUCGGACGGCAUCAGCAUCGAUCACAUCGGCGCGGAUGGCAUCAGCAUUGGUAACAUCGGCUCGGACGGCAUCAGCAUCAACGGAGGCCACAUCGUCAUCGGCGGCAACAUCAAUGACGGGAUCAGUAAUAUGAUUUUCGGGAACAACUACAUUCAGAUCGACUCGAAUGGUGGUGUCAUCAUCCACGUCAUCGAUUCUGGGAACUAUGGUCUCAACAUGAUAAAUAACCAGAUUUACAUCGGCAACAAGAUGAUCUGCUCGACCAAGACCAAAUCCUUCGCCAAGCCCACGUACCAGAAAACCCCCGAGGGCGCACGUUGGUACACGAACGUCAAAGUCGGGACACCGAUGACCCCGGCCGAGAUCGCGCAGUUCGAGAAAGACUGGGCGGAGAUCCUCAAAGAUCAGGAGGAAACCAAGAAGAGGUUGAAGAAGGAGGCGGAGGAGAGGGAGCGCAAACACAAGGAAUGGGAGAGACAGCACAAGGAACAAAUGGCCGCCCUGGACGCGCGAUUGGCUCGGGAAGAAGAAGAGAGGGAACGCGAACGGAAGGAAAGGGAGCGACAGCAGAAGGAGAGGAUGGACGCUCUGCAAGCGAGGUUGAAGCGAGAAGCAGAAGCGAGGGCGAGACAGCAACAAGAGUGGGAAAAAGAACGGGAGAGACAGCAACAAGAGAGGGCACGACAGCAGGACGAGAGGGACAGGGUAAGGGAGAGACAGCGACAAGAGAGGGACAGGGAAAGGGAAAGACGGGAUCAGGAGAGGGAAAAGGAAAGGGAAAGACGGGAAAAGGAAAGGGAAAGACGGGACCAGGAGAGGGAAAAGGAAAGGGAAAGACGGGAACAGGAGAGGAUGAGUUGGCGCCAGCAGCGAGAGGCCAGGCGAACACCCUCCUGGAAUAGAGGGGAUUCCUUCAGUUGGUGGUAACUUUAGCCGUCCUGCAGGCUGAUUCUUCAAUUCGAUAGACAAAGGGGUAGACAAUGAAGAUGCAAUGAAAACAGAUCGUUUCGUAUUCUCAGUCUAUCGCUUUGUCCAUCAUUAUUAACAAUCAGCCCGCUGUGCGCUAAAAAAAAUCCCCCUUCAGUCGUCAGCUUUUGCAAACAACAUAAAGGCCGUUUUGUACAAAGGGAUCAAUUUCAAUCUUCGAAUGUGAAUGUUUACGCCGAUGAAGUGUUAAAUUUUUUGGCUCGCAUGACAUUUUUGUUCCUGGAAGUUGUGUAAAUAAAUCAAUUCAUUUCAGAAAA